UCCACCCUCCCUCGCGCUCUCUUCUUCAGACUGUGGAGCGAGCCGGGAGACAGCAGACAGGCGUCGUAAGCAAGCGAUGCUCCUUUGAAUAUAUUUAUUUACGAACGAUACAUUGUAACGUGAUAUAAUCAUAUAGUUUUUUUAAUCUUCGUAAUAUCGUUUUGGAUAUGGUGAUCUGGAUCCCGAAGUGUUUUUGAUGAAGACAUCUGGCGAUUUCUUGUAGGCUCGUCUCAAGCUCGUCGUCUCAGCGCGGAAUUCAGACGGAGCGUCAAUAUCGAGGUGGUUGGAUUAAAGCCAUGCUGUCUCUGGAUGAGCCCCUAGACCUGAAGAUUUCCUCAAGCCGUGAUAGGACGGUCAGAACAUCCAUCUGUGCCCCGCUACACUUUGCUCGUGCCCGAAUAUCCCAAGCAUCACACAAGUCCAGCCCUGCUGAUAAGGACAUGUCAGACUCGUCAUCAUACACUGUGGUGGAUCUCAGUCUGUCCACAUCCUCCUCUUCCUCACCCCCCUCUCCCGUAGACAGCGGGUCCAGCUGGAGUCCUACAACACCUCUACUAGCCACAGAAUCUGAAAGCACCUCUUACAUCGAGGACAGCGUCUCUCCUCCUCCAGGUUUUCAGUUCUUCCUGCCGAUUGGUGCGGAGGGUCCCUUGCGCCUGCCCUCCUCCAUGCUGAUUGGUCAUCACUCCCCUGAGCCCUCGGGUGACGAGCAGCUGGCCUGCCGCUGGCUAAAGUGCCAUCUGCUGUUCGACAGCUUGCAGGAGUUGGUGGAUCAUGUGAACCAUUCGCAUGUGAAAUCAGAGAAGAACUCGGGAUUCUGCUGCCACUGGGAGGGCUGUGCACGCAAGGGAAGAGGCUUUAAUGCCAGGUACAAGAUGCUGAUUCAUAUCCGCACUCACACCAAUGAGAAACCUCACCACUGCCCAACCUGCCACAAGAGCUUCUCACGCCUGGAGAAUCUCAAAAUACACACCCGUUCACAUACAGGUGAGAAGCCAUAUAUCUGCCCCUAUGAAGGCUGCAACAAACGCUACUCGAACUCCAGUGACCGCUUUAAACACACGCGCACACACUACGUGGACAAGCCCUACUGCUGCAAAAUGGUGGGCUGUCUGAAACGGUACACAGACCCCAGCUCCCUCCGCAAACACAUCAAGGCUCACGGCCACGCUGUUGCCCAGGACCGGGCCACAUCGCCCAGGGUGGAAGGUCUGCUGAGAGGUAGUAGGAUGGAUCCGGUGGAUGGCCGAGGUAUGGACGUUCCUUACCCAGGUGGGGCUCAUUUUGUCCUUCCUGGGGUAGCGGCAUCCUUGCUUCGAGCUCAAGCCCUGCACACCCUCACCGGGCCCCUUGGGGGUCACCCCAUGGAUCUCUCCAUGCUCAGUCCUCUAUUAGGUGCAAGGCCUGUGCUUUACCCCAGCUCUGGUGCUCUUGGGAUCGGGAAGGUGCCGAUCCUUCACCCCUUGCUGCUACCUCCCCUGGGGCUUAGUGCUGGGCGGAGGGAAAGAGGGGUGGAGGAAGAAGAGGAUGUUGACGAUGAUGAUGAGGGAAGGGUGGAAGCAGGGUUGGGUCGCCACUCAUGGGUUGUGAUCCCUCCAGGCAUGUUGCUCUUGAAACAGGUGAUGAGCACAUAAGAACUCCUAGGUCUUGUUCACACUGCACACAAAUCCCAUUUGUAAUCCAAACCUGAUCUUUAGGAAGGUGAUGAAAUCGGAUCCAGCCAGUUUAGUUAAUAUCCAAUAUAUCUAUAUCAGUUGCCAUAACAAUUACUUUAAAGGAAUGGUUGAUCAUUCUCACAUCAUUUACUCACCCUUAUGUUGUCUCCUGAAACUAAUAUGACUUUUUUGGUUCCACAGAACACAAACAAAGAUGUUUUGAAAGAUAUAUGAAGUCUGUUUGUCCAUACAAUACAAAUCGGUAAAACCGAUACAGCGGUCCACCACUUAACACAAAUAUUACAUUUCUACGAACUUGAUACAUGUGUUUUGAACUAGAUUUUAAAAGAUUUCUUGGUAAAACUUUACACUAAGGUUAUAUUUGUUAACAUUAACUAUAUUAGUUAACAUGAACUAACAAUUAAAUAUUAUAAUUUCAACCGAGUCUCACAGAAUGAAUGUUACUAUUGCAAAACUUUUUCUGUGAGUGUCUGUGCCACGUUCUACAUUUCACUGCAGCUUCCUGGUGAAAUGAACAGUAGAGGCGCUACAUCAACUGUGCAUUUUAUUCACCUUCACACAAAUUAUGACCUUAUAAACACUUUUUCAAAUUUUUCACUUUGUUACUCACACACUGCCAUGUUAUGAUAUCGAAACCUUUUUACUGUAAUUUGAAAAACUAUAUAUUUUAACCAAUAUAUACCAGACACACCUACAUUUACACACGUAUUCAAGCGUGAUUAACUUGCAAAGUAGCUCACCUGUUAGAGUGUUGGACUUUGAACUUGGAAGUCUGCCGCUGUUCAAGCUCGAAAGCUGAUAUGCGAGACUAAAGUGUCAUAGAAGCAAAUGAAUUGACGUGGUUGCUUCAGAAAAUGUGACAAGAACACUGUCGGUUAAGUUUAGGUUUAGGUUAAAGUUUUAGGUUAGGGAAGUGUGUUUCACUCACUAAAACAUUCGUUUUAACUAGUUAAUCUAAUCUGUUCACACAUUAAAAAAACUAAUUUAAUUGAAUUUCAAACCACCUACAAAUGUGGUUUGAAUCAGGUUUGUAAACAUCAGAUUUAAUUUUUUGUUUUUUGCUUUUCAGACAACAGAAAAAAUAAGCAGAUCUGAGUCAAAUACACCAAAAUAUCAGAUUGUUGCUGCUUGUGUGAACAAUGUGUCCAGAUACGUGUAUGAUUGACUAGCAUAUUUGGAUAGUACAAGGGUUAUAAAUGUUAGUUACUGAGGUGCUUCCUUUCAGCGGAAUGGUAUAAUUUGGGAGGGUAUGAAGAAGCAGUGUUUAAAUACACAAUACAAUGUCCUGCACUCAAUCGGUUAUAAAAUUCAGAUAUUUGUUUUCGUAGUUCUGACAGCGCCAUGCCAACAAUUCAUAAGUCUUCUGUUUACAAUAUAAAGUUAAUCAUCAUUCUAGAUGUCAAAACGUGUGUAGUGUGAUUUCUGAUGAGAAAUGCUUAUUUGAUCCAAGCCUCUUCCAAGGGAGGAGCUUUACAGUUGAGAGAAUUCACCUUGAUUUGUCCAAAUAAAUCUGUGGGAGGAUAAUUGAUAGCUUCAUUGUCUAAAUAUUCCAUAAACUGACUCAGAAAGUUGACCCACAGCAGUCAAACAAAGAGAACAGGAUAUGCUGUAUGAAAAGCAAAUGGAAAGGCAAAUGUCCUUCUACACAGUGCACAUCUUUAUAUCUACACUAACAGUGAGCCAACAAAGCAGGGAGAGAACAAUGUGUGCUAAUGCUAGCAAACUGGUUCUGGAACUUACAGAAGGGGAGACCAGGGGCAAUUGGGAAAGACUAAAUUUCUUAAUCACAAAUAAGUGAUCACACUUAUUCAGCAUAUGCUCAGUAAUGUUCUCCAUCUUCCUGUUAAAAAGUCAUGUGAUCAUCUCACUUUCUGAGAGACUUCGAAGAAAAUCUGAUUUCUUUUCAAUGUCUAAGAUUAUAUUGUCUCGACUCAUCAGCAAAAAAAAAAAAAAUAAUAAUAAAAUAAAUAUUUCAGAUAAGUAUAGGUCCCAAUUACAUUAUUCCAGAGAGCUUAAAUAAUAGUACCAUAUAAAAGAGAAAACUAGCUUAUUCAUAAAUAAGUAUUAAAGCAGGAAUAUUAUUACUUUGAGGUGUGCUCUUAUUUGAGAUAAACACCCUAAUAGGUUAGCAGAACUCUUUAAUAACAAGUUAAUAAACUCCCAAGAUUAAGUUAAUAGAACUUUCAGAUUUUGAUUUUGUACUACACAUGCAUGUUAAUUGCUCUUAGCUUAAAAUAUUGAGUAAGCUAACUCAUCCAUUUUAAUGGCACUUUAAACUGAACUCUUUGGCUGAACUAAAAUGAUCAUUUAAGCUCAAAUUAAAUACUUCAAGUAAAGGUAUUAUAAUAUAGUCUUUGUCAAUAAAUAUCUAUUAAAUGUUUCUUAUAAAUAAAGAUGUAAAGUUGAUUUGUAGUAGUCUGUGAGUCAUGAAGGAAAAUAUGAAGCAUGUCACGAUUGCCCAUACUCUCCCCUGUGUCAGUACUAAACAGUACAACUCUUAUAUCUCAACACAUCAGAACAUUUGAGUGCUUAUAAUAUGACUGAUUUUAAAUCAUUGUGCACCUUAAUCCUGAUUGCCAUAAAGAAGUAUCAUAUAUUCUCAUUUUUGGUCAUUUGAUAUUUCAGUGCAACUUGAUUUCUUAAUGUUUUGUUGUUUUGUUUGAAGACGAGACAUUAACUGUGUCAAACAUUUUGUGUAUAUGAUGACAUGAGUCAACUUGGACUCCACUAUUUGUUAUCCAUUAUAUAAUCCUUUAUGCAUGGCUGAUCUUUCUCACAUAAGAUUGAAUGAAUACAUGAAGAUUUACAGACAGCUUCUCCGAUAAGAGUGGCACAUUUGAUAUCUGCCAUGCACAACUGAUAAAUGCUAAGACUAUGGCUUAUCUCAGCCAGCGCAACUAUUUUAUCGAAGUAUAUUUGCACAGCUGGAUAUUUUAUCAAGCAUAUUUUAACCAGUACCAAGUGCCUUCUAUUGUAAGGUUGUCAUUGACGAAAUACAAUGUAUGAAAUACAUUUUGAAUGUAUAUUGUCAGUUUAUGUAUAUUUUAUCAGAUUUAGUUCAUGCUGUUACAAUGUUAAUGUUACGAUUUUUUUUUACAAGUUGUACUGAUGUUGAGGCUAAUGGUUCAUAACAUUGGGCUAAUGCUAUUAAGUGUCUUACCAUACCACAGGACGCCUGUCAAAGUGACUGGAAGAAGUUUAUGAAUUAGAUAAGGACUAGAUUCAUAUGUCCAAUAAAGAGUGCAAUGCCAAA